AUGCUUCAACUGUCUCCAGCUGCAAAGCGUCGUGGUCGACGCACAGGCGGUGGUGUUCGCCGGGAUCACUCCCAUCCAGAGGUUGCUGCACCAGCUGGAGAGUACUAUGCGCAGGAAGAAGCAGAGAGAUAUCACCGCGUACCAAAAGCUGCCCGCGUGCAGGCAGAGCUAACUCAUGCCGCUGCAACUUUGGGAGGUCUACUGCCUGCCGCCAACAAGGGCAUCGUUCUUGAUUUGGGUGCUGGGGGCGGCCUCAGCACAGUCACCUUUCAGGCCCUGGCUGCUCAGAGCGGCUCACCUCCCUUCAUCCUGGGCUUUGACACGAGCUCACACAUGCUGGCAACGGCUGCAGGGAUUCAAGAGCCUUCCCUUCUUGGCAUCCGGGUGCCAGGCAUGUCCCCAUGUGAAGGCACUGAAGUGGGGCACGUUGACAUCAGUGAGGGAGUGCGAUGGGUCCUAAGGCGUGGAGACCGGAUCCUGGCUGACAUGUCGCAGCCGCUUCCGUUGCGAGAGGACAUUGCUGAUGCAGUGCUUUCCGUCAGCGCAGUACAAUGGCUGCUGGAGUUGCGCCCAGAAGCAGCUGGCGAUCGAGCCAAUUGCUCAGCAGCUGCACCGCAGGCAAAGCUCACAGGGCUUUUCAGUUCGCUUCGCAGGGUGACAGCAAAAUCGGCCAAACUGGCUAUGCAGUUCUACCCUCCCAAAGGUGAUCAUGACUUUGGAGCUAGGGUUCUGCAAGGUUCGGCCAGGCAGGCUGAGUGGGCGGAUGCCGCAGUGGUCCUGGACUUUCCCCAUCAUCCUUCCUCACUAGCCAAGAAGUGGUUUCUUACAGCCAGCAGAUGUCAAGAGCUACAGAGCCCAGUAGAAAGACCUGUAUGGUGCGCCUUGUGCUGGCCAGUUGUUGUGGCAUGCUGCGCACUACAAUGCUCGGCCAUGCAAGGGCCCAGUGCCAAAGUUGUACAAGAUCGUGCUGAGCAGCAGCAUGCCGAACUGGCUUUGCGCCUUGUAAGGUGCGGGAGGCGGCUGCAGACCAGUCCUGAUGAUGAUGAAGCCGCACUAGGGAUUCAAGCACGGCUGCAGCAACAGUUGCACCCUUUACAACUGGAGAUGGCAGCUAGUCUUUUCCAGGCGCUGGAGACUUGCCGGCACACGCAAGACGUGCCUGACAGCGGCCAAGGCGGACCGAGCGAGGCAAAACGUGCAAGAGCUGCCAGCACAGGCGAAACCAGGACUGAGCUUCGCAGCGCGGUGUCAUUAUGCCUACCCAAAUUACUUGGCGUACUGCACACGGCGCCAAGUCAACGGUGGCUUCUGCCUCCUCCACCACUGUCACAGGUGGACAUUGCAGAUGGUCUUUGA